AUGGACAUGACACAGGAAGAGAAUGCUGCCACUGAAUUUGAAAUAUCUGGGGUGUUUGAUGAACAAAGUAAUGAUGAUGACAUUGGCAAGCAGCCAUCAAAAGAGCCUGUAGUAGUCUCAGUAUCCACUCAGACCGAGGACCUAGUGGUGCAGGCUCAAGAAGAAAGACCAGUGCCCACAGCUGUACCAGCCAUACCAUGUGUGGUUAGUCCUCCUCGAGAAAAUAUAUUAAGUCGCUGGGAAGACAACAAGGAACAUCCAGAUGAAAUAAACCUGGUACAAGGCACUAAGGUUUUAUGUGCUCUCGACCUCCUAAUGCAGGUGUUUGCAGACAAAUGCCAACAUCCU